AGAAACAGCGCGUGAUCAUCAGCUCAGAUCCAGCAGUUCCUCACAGACCCUCUCAGCUCAGCAUGGGCAACUUCAUCACCUCCCUCCUCUCUAGACUGAUAGAGAAAAAGCAGAUGCGCCUCCUGAUGGUUGGUCUGGAUGCAGCAGGGAAAACCACCAUCCUUUACAAACUCAAACUGGGGGAAGUCGUCUCAACAAUCCCCACUAUUGGUUUUAACGUGGAGACGGUCGAGUAUAAGAACGUCUCCUUUAUAGUGUGGGAUGUGGGCAGCCAGCAGCUCACCAGAGGCCUGUGGAAGCACUACUAUAAAAACACUAACGGCCUGAUCUUUGUGGUGGACAGUAACGAUCCUGAGCGAAUCGAUGAAGCCUCCGAAGUGCUGAAGUUGAUGCUUCAGGACGAUGAGCUGAGGGACGCUGUCCUGCUGGUUCUGGCAAACAAACAGGAUUUACCCAAUUCUAUGCCAGUCCAGGAGAUAACAGAGAAACUGGGGUUACACACUCUGAAGGGAACAACUUGGAAUAUCCAGCCGACCUGUGCAACCAGUGGAACAGGCCUAUAUGAAGGACUGGACUGGCUAUCAGAUAAACUCUCAGAAAAAUGAGAUAGUAAAGUAGAAUCACCUUAUAGGGCUUUAUAUGCACUUUCUUAAUUAUACUGUAUACUGCACUAUAAUGUGUAUUUAUGUAUACUGAAUACCAGGGUUCAUACAUUUUUAACCAAUACGUUUCCAUGAUUUUCCAUGCCUUUAAGACACAUUCUCAUGACCAUAUGCAUGAAAGCAGUGCAGACAUGGACAACAAAACCAAAAAAACUAAAACUAUAAUUGAUAUUGAUUAUAGUAGGUCUUAAAAGAAUCUGACACACAACCUUCAAUAAUAAAAUGUGUGUCAGAUCCAGGAAGCUCCACUGUUCAGGGAUAAAUUUCUGAAUUAACUCUGAGCUGACGUAUUUGUUACCUCAAAAUAUUUUUUUUUCCCAUCGAGAAACUGAAACACAAAAGAUUUGUAGACCAAAUUUCCACGACUUUUCCAAAACUUUCUGGGUAUGCUACCUUUUAUAGGUUUUUCAUGACCGUACAAACCCUGGAACACUGAAAUACUGUAUAUAGAAUUACCUUUGAAUGCACUUUCUCUAUUUUAAAUAUAAUUAUUUUGUUAAUUGUACAUUUUUAUUUACAUGAAUGUAUUCCUAAUGUUACUUACUGUGCUGUUCAAUGCCUUAAUGAAUGUAUUUCUCUUGUGAAUGCCAAAAAUGAAACGAUGCAGGACUUUUUAAAAAGGCUUUUCAGAUUAAAAUGCACUGAAACAGAAACACAACACCCUCAUCUCUGAAAUGCUGAACUCAAACCAUUUAGAAGCUCAAAAAGCGCAGACAAUAUGAACAAAAUAUAUUUCAUGUGUUGUCUGAUCAACUUUAUACCGUACCAGUCAAAAGUUUGGACACACCUCUUCUUCUCAUUCAAUGUGUUUUCUUCUUUUUAUGAUUUUUCACAUAGUAAUUAUUAUUAUUUUUAAAAUAAUUUUAUUUCUAAUUUUUCCCAUUUUCUCCACAAUUUACACGGCCAAUUACCCAACUCACUCACUAGGACUCCCCCUAUCACUAGUGAUGCCCCAAGAAACCAGGAGGGUGAAGACUAACACAUGCUUCCUCCGAUACAUGUGAAGUCAGACUCCGCCUCUUUUUUUGAGCUGCUGCUGAUGCUGCAGCACUGCCGAGCAGCAUCACAGCACUAACACUUGGAGGAAAGCGCAGCAACUCGGUUCUGAUACAUCAGCUCACAGACGCCCUGUGCUGCAGACAUCACUGUAGGAGUGAUGUGGGGAGAGAGCGCCAUCUACCCACCCGGAGGGAGCAGGGCAAAUUUUGCUCCCUCUGAGCGCCGCCAGCUUGAUGGCAAAGCUGCAUGAGUGGGGGUUCAAACCUGCGCUU